AUGGAUAUCGCAUACGAUCACAUUCUAGAGGAGGCAUACUCCAAUAAAGAGGGAGCCUCUGACUCUAAACCCCAGGAGCCCAACCCCAAUCUCAACGAUGAGCUACAAGAGACCUUCCGCGCCUUCUCCAACAGUCCGUGGGGCUCCCGAAUUGGAGGACUAUGGGACAAUGUACGCAAACAAGGAGAGACCUACUACGAGGGUGCUCGCCAGGAGUAUGCAGCUGCCAGCGAGGAAGCUGUGAAAGGAUUUUCAGAUCUUAAGGAAACACUCGCCGACCGGACAAAGGGGCUGUCUCUCAGCACAGCUGGUGUGACGGGCAGUGCCGAGGAACAAAGUGAUGAAACGGCCACACCCAAGGCUGCUACAGAAGGAGAAACUGGCGACAAGGCUGAAGGCGCUGGCGCCAGUGGAGAAAGCUUUAUUGCCCGAUUGAAGGCGGAAGCCGCUCGGCGGCUGAAGGAGAUUGAAAAGGCAGAGGAAGCAGCUGAUGAAGCGAUCCUACGGUUCGGAAUGAACAUCAGCCAUAAGCUGCGUGAGGCUGUUAGCAUUUUGCCUCCCGAUGCCGAUGAGUCCGGCAAGCUUCUUUUCGAGAGCAAGGAUGCCGAGGGAAAGCGGGUCAUUCAUGCUACACGGUUCGAGGCACAGCUGCACGUCAUUCAUUCGAACCUGGAAAGUUUCAGCAAAGAUCCGGCCAGUGACGAGUGGCCUGCGUUUAAAAAGGAGUUCAAUGUCGAAAGGAAGACGGAUGAGAUCGCCGCCGAUCUGGAGAAAUACCCCGAGCUCCGUUCGGCCAUGGAGAAGCUCGUACCGGAACAGGUGGAAUACGUGGAAUUCUGGACUCGCUACUACUUCUUGCGUCUCGUCGUGGAGACCGAGGAGAAGAAGCGCAAGGAACUUUUGAAGGGUGCCACUGCCGAAGACGAAGAAGAAGUCGGCUGGGACGAUGACUCCGACUCUGAGUCCCAGUCCCCCUCUACUCCGCAGGUCCCCUCUGAGGCCCAGACUCUCGCUCCCACCAAAGAAACCCUGAAAGCCGAGCCUCGCCGGUCACACGACCAGCAUUCUCAAGCCGACAGCGAAUCCAGCUACGAUGUUGUGAGUGGCGCUGCUAGCCGCACACCUGGCAGUCCCAAGGAGAAGAGUCCUACCGCUGCGAAGGCGGACGAGAGCGACGAAGAUUGGGAGUAA